AUGUACCAGAAGCGGACCGAUUAACGGCGAAGGCAUCAGAUUCUUCGCGCAUGCUACCAUGUUCAAGAAUCGAAUCGAAUCUCAUACAUAGUUACCUGUCGAAAAAAGCAAGCGAUCUUCGCCAAUUAGUCCGUUUGAUCUCGCCUAACAGCCGGAAAAUCACCCCGCAUCAUAUCAAAACCUGCGCCAAAACGUGCCGCAACCGAAGUGCAAAUGCUGUAUAUAUAGCGCCUUAUCGGUAUCCGCAGACAGAGACACGAAGAAGCAAGAUCUCGAUAGACAAUGGCGUUCAUGCGUUACGACUACAGGGCGCUGCCGCGGCAGGGGGAAGCGACGGUGGAGGAGUUCAGGGCGUGGGCGGCGCAGUUCGACGCGGACGGGGACGGGCGGCUCAGCAAGGAGGAGCUGCAGGAGGCGCUGCGCAGCCUGGACGUGUGGUUCGCGUGGUGGAAGGCCCGGGAGGCCCUGCGGGACGCCGACGCCAACCGCAACGGCGCCGUCGACGGCGACGAGAUGGGCCGGCUCUACGCCUUCGCCCGCAGGAACCUCCACGUCAAGGCCGCCGACCUGCAGGACGGCUCUUGAUCAUCAUCGACAGUUCUUCUACUGCUACCUGUGCUAUAGCUGCCUGAUUUGUUAAUUAGGAUGUAAAUUAAAGUGGAUUUUGUAUGGAGUGUACUGGUUGUCUGUCUGGUUGGUUUCAACUACUGAUGCUCUGGAAAGGGUUUUAAGCAGUGAUCCAUCCUGCAGCAUAUCUGGAAAGUAUGCAGAAAGUACAGAGAUGUAAGAUAUGUUCAUAUCAAUAACCAUGUGAUUGCUGUACAUACGAACAAAACGUGGUCAGUGGAUAAUAUACGGAGGAUUUGUCC